AUGUCAGCGAACACAGGUGUAAACUUUAUUGGUUUGGGCUGGAAAAUUAUUAAAGAAAAAAGUUUGCGAUUUCAGGACGAUCUCGAUGAACAACAUCAGUGCUCCCAUCGAGAAGUAAUCGAAGUGUCGAACACCGUAUCAGAUUUGUUGACUCAUCGUAAAGACUCUGGAUCAUUCCUCAAGAGCUACUACCUCCUCACCUAUGCGUGUUCAGCGGAAGGACAAGAAAUCCUCACCAAGCACAGAGAUUGCCUUAAAUCGGAAAAAAUCGGCGAGAUGACAUUGUCAGCUGGAACGUACUUAAGCGAGAAAUUCCUCGAGCACGACGAUGACGAGGAAGCUUGCACGAAUUUGAAUCUGAAGCUUCAAGAAUACAUUCGAGCGAUGAGUAACUUGUGCAGUAAACAUGAAGCAGCUCAACUAAUGUGUAAAUCCCUAACCAACAUGUUCAAAGGCCUACAUGUCGAUAAACUCGACAAAUGUGUUUUGGACUGCAAGAUCCCUGAAGAGGAGACCGAAGAAGAAAACAAGGCACGUGAUUUCCACAUUUCACAUAAAAAUUCGCCGGUCCAGAAUACAGCCAAAGGCAACGGGAUGCUCACAAUAUAUAGUUUUGUGUUGGCCCCAAUUUCAUUGGUUCAGCGUUUCGGGUCAAUUUGA